AUGCUAACGAGAAUUUCGAACAAGUGGAAAAAUAACAACGAGCACAGUGAUAUUUUUCUCCCAACUCUGACUAAAAUCUUCAAGCUAACAAAAUGGUUUGGAAUACCAACGUACGGGAACAAAAUCGCUUAUUUCUGGGCCAUUGUCAUUCUGUUGCUGUUAUUGGCUAUCGAAGUGGCGUCUCUCGCAAAAGUCAUCAGGUCGCUUGCUGGUUUAGCUAAGCAUGAUACUGAUGGGCGCGGGGUAACAGCACGAUUAUCAGGCGCAAUAUUCUACGCCAACGGUCUACUGUCGCAGAUUCUAUGCUGGAGACUCGUAUCUUCGUGGAAGAUCCUGUCACAGCAUUGGAAGAAAGUUGAGAACACUUCGCUGUACUUACCUCCUGACCCGAGAAUAGGAAAGAGGGUGCUAUUUGUCACUUGUUUUGUAGCUGUAUGUGCUUUUGUGGAGCACAUGCUUAGUAUGAUGUCAGCAACCGGUUUCAGCAUACCACCUGAACAGUAUUUUGAAAGAUAUAUUCUCAGUUCUCAUGGAUUUCUCUUAAACCCGGAAAGCUACUCAUUGUGGUAUGCAGUGCCCGUGUUCAUUCUCAGUAAACAGGCCACCAUCCUUUGGAACUUUCAAGAUCUGAUUAUCAUCUUGAUAAGCAUGGGUCUCACGUCGAGGUAUCAUAGGCUGAAUCUGUAUGUAAAUCGAGUGGUCACUGAAGAAAGAAGGAACGGAGGCUCUAAAAAGUUAGGUCCUGACAUAUUCCUCCGAAUCCAAAUCUGGCGAAGUCUGCGGGAGGCCUACGUGCGACAGUCGUCUUUGGUCCGCACGUUUGAUGGUCAUCUUGGAGGCUUGGUGCUUUUGUCAAACAUAAACAACUUUUAUUUCAUCUGUUUGCAACUAUUUCUAGGGCUCCACCGAGGCGGCAAGGGUCUGGUCAACAGACUAUACUACUUCUUGUCCCUGGGUUGGUUGCUGUUCAGAGCAUGCAGUGUGGUUUUGGCGGCAGCUGACAUUCGGUUGCACUCCAAGCGUGCUCUAUUAUAUUUGAGUCAAUAUCCUGAAAGUGCCUAUAAUAUCGAGGUCAAGAGAUUAAAACACCAGUUAGCUAAUGAUAACGUAGCACUAAGUGGGAUGGGACUUUUUACAUUGGAUAGGCAGAAGUUAUUGGAGGUUGCUGCAAAUAUCGUGAAAUACGAGUUGGUGCUGAUUCAGUAUGAUAGACAAUGA